GCACUGUAUCGCAAUGGUACUCUGAUAUUCUGAAUGAAACAUUCAACGAAUUUUAUUCUUACAUUACUAAAUAUUUCCUUUAAUCGUAUUAUAAAGCUAUUUAUACUAAAUAAAAAUAUGUACGCGUAUGAAAACUUAACUUAAUUACAUUAUCAGUGAUAAACAGAUUGUGAUAAGCAAUACGUAUAUAAGUUCGCCCCGUCGCAUUUUCUCGUCCAGUUCUCAGCAUCGACUAAGUGGAUACGUAGACAAAUGGAUUCGUUUAUGUAGUAUUCAUUUGUGUUUAUAAAAUCAAACUAAACGACGACGAAUACGACACUUGAUUUUAAUACUAAUUUUACUCAAAGGAAGCUAUUAUAAUUAUUAUAUCUAAGAUGGAUGAGACACAGUUAAAGAAAUAUCUUUCCGACAAUACUGUGUUUAAUUUAACAAAUAAAAUGUUUAUAUCAUUAGAAUCUGGUAAUGUCAAAAGAUACAAAGCCUGUAUGUCAUUGGUAGUCGAAGCUUUGAUACAAGAAAUGAAAAAGGAGGAUACAUUAUUCGAGAAAAUGUACAGAAAUAUUAUUUAUUGCGGAAGUGUUUUUAAACAGACGAAAGUUAGCAAGCUGGAUGAAUUUGACUUAAAUAUUAAUUUAAAACUUCCUAUUGAUUACAAUAACAUAAGCCUUUACUCGAAUCAACCAGCAUUUAUCACAAUAUACAUAAAAAAUUAUUCACCCACAGACACUAUUUUUCCAAAGUGCAAUCUUACACGCUCAGAAAGAAAAUCCUUAUAUACAUUUAUCGAUGACGGCUAUGUAAACCCACAUAAAUUUCGUCAAUGGACCGAGAGAAUUUUAAGUAAAGUUAUGAAUAAAUUACAAAAGUAUGAAGAUAAAUAUAUAUUACAUUUGCCAGCAAAUCGUACCAAUAUCUUAUUUAAAAUAAGGAAGAGUGGUCCAGCAUUUACAUUAAUAUUGACUAUGCCAGAAACAAACGAAGACAUAAGCAUUGAUUUAGUUCCAGCAUUGUGUUUUCAGAACUGUAAAAUUAAUGGUUCUAAUAUAAAAAUCAAUAAAAUUGAAAAUUGUCAACACAAAGCAUGGUUUGCAAUUCCAUUACCUUCGAUCAAUUAUCAUUUCGAAAUAAACGAGAAUCUUCAAUGGAGGACAUCUUUUUACUAUCAAGAAAAAGAAAUUCUCGCAAAGUUGGGCAAUGUAAAGCCAGUUAUACGUCAGAUGAAGAAAUUGAGGGAUGUCCAAAAGUGGAAGAAUGUGGCAAGUUACUUUAUAGAAACAUUAUUUUUACAUAUAUCCGACCAGCGGUCACAAGAGGGUCUUAAUAAAAUGUCUUCAACGUUACUCUUUUUUUAUAUGUUACAAGAAUUACAUUACGCUUUCAUGGAACAUAGAAUUGAGUAUUUUUGGGAUGCAAAAUAUAAUUUAUUGCAAAAAAUUGGGAGACUGGAAAUGGAUAAUAUGGCGCAUCGUUUGAGUAAUGUCAUAAAGAACAUAGAAAAGCGUAUAACAUCAGACCCAUUUAUAAUAGCAUCAUAUGUUUUGACUGAAAAUGAAUUAAAGAUGUUAAAAGAAAAAUACAAUAAAAUGCAAAAUGAAACAUGUGGUAAGUACUAUCGUAAGUCAAUGUUAUAAUUAUAUGUAUAAUAGUUAAAACAGUACUAUAUUAAUAUUAUACAAUUGUUUAGAAAUAGAACAUGGAACAUCAUGGUGCAUUCUUUUAUAAUCUGUGCCGAUUUUUAAGUCUAAUAUAAAUUUUAAUUUGUAAUAAAUAAUCAUGUAUUUGCAUUACGUUAUACAUUUCUUCAAGUACCUAUCGUUUGAAUUCGUUUGGUACAAAUAAAUACACCAUAAUUGUCGAUAAUUCUAAUGUUA